AUGCUUCUGGGACGCACCCGAGUCCUUACUGUGUACGCCAUUUUGGCUACCAUUUGGUUAUCUCUGUUCCAGCUUUGUAGACUUUAUACCUACUACGAUCCAUCCUCCUUUUUCUACAAUUCCCAAAAAGCUUACCAAACUCGUUACACGGACCUAAGAGCAAAGGAAGCCGACCAUCUCCUCCAUAUCAUCGACCACGCUCCAAUCGAUUAUAAGAUAAACAAUGAUGUUGGCACACGAGCUCAAGACAAGAGAAUAUGUGUUGGAAUUCCCAGUGUCAAGCGAGGGAAACAUCAUUUCCUGCCGAGAACUCUAGCGUCCCUGACGGAGGGCCUAGACACUAGGGAAAGAAAUGCCCUUCGCAUUGUCGUCUUGCUAGCUGACGAUGACCCGUCAAGUCAUCCAGCAUUUGGUCAAAGGUGGCUUCAUCAACUAGCUGAUGAGAUUCUCUUGUAUGGCAAUGCUUCUUCUCCGGUAGUGCCUGAUGCAUAUCACUACGUACAACCGAUCAAGCCGAACAAUGGUGAGACGCUAUCGAGAAACGACCGAGUACACCGUGAUUACGCGACCCUGAUGGAAGAUUGUCGUACAUCAGGAGCAGGGUACUUCGCCCUUAUGGAAGACGAUGUCAUCGCUGCUCGUCACUGGGCCAGUCGGCUACUAGACGGCUUGACAUACCUUGAACGGAUAGGUACAACGGGAAAGUGGCUUUAUCUCCGGCUCUUCUACUCAGAAACAUACCUCGGCUGGAACUCAGAAGAAUGGCCUAAAUACCUUGCCCGCUCGUUAUGUUUCUACGUCACAGUACUCUGCCUAUACAUUGUUGUUGUUGUUGCAGUGGACGUGCGUCGAAGGUGUAAUAUCUCCUAUUUCAUGGCUCAUAGUCAUGAUGUACUACACCUGACCGUCUGGGUAAUCUCUUUUACGACACUCUACUUCCUGGCUGGUAGAUUAACUGUCGAUCCAUACAAAGAUGGUAUCCGGGAAAUGUCCAACUAUGGCUGUUGUGCACAAGGUCUUGUGAUACCAAAGCAUCAUCUCCUUGAUUUGGAAAAGGCACUACAUGGAGCACCGAGCCAAAUUGCAGGUGAUUCUCUUAUCGAGAAGUUCGCCGAUGACCAAGCCUUGAAGAAGUAUGCCAUCGUACCGAGUCUCUUGCAGCACGUGGGUAUCAAAGGUUCUUCGGAUGCUCAAGGGAACAAGAAGACGACAUGGAAUUUCAAUUUUGAGAAGACUGUCAUAUGA